UCCUUUUCACGUGAAUUGUCAAUGUGAGGUUAUUUAAUGUAAUUUUAUUUUCUGUAGUAGAGAUCGUUGAAUCAAAAUGCAGCACGAUGAUGUUGUUUGGAGUAUAAUCAAUAAAUCAUUUUGUUCAUACAAGACUCAAACAAAAACCCAGAAGUUCUGUAGGAAUGAGUACAACCUGACUGGUCUGUGUAAUCGAUCAUCAUGUCCUUUAGCUAAUAGCCAGUAUGCUACAGUAAGAGAAGAAAAUGGUAUAAUUUAUUUAUUCAUGAAAACUGCAGAACGAUCUGCGUUUCCGAGGAAAACCUGGGAGAAAGUGAAAUUAUCGAAGAACUUUGAGAAAGCCAUUUACCAGAUUAAUGAAAACUUAUUAUACUGGCCAGGUUUUAUCAAGUCCAAAUGUAAACAGAGAUUUGUUAAAAUAACUCAGUACCUUAUUCGGAUGCGGAAAUUGAAAUUGAGAAGGCAGAAACUGUUGGUUCCAAUACAGAGUAAAGUAGAGAGAAGGGAAAAACGUAGAGAAGAAAAAGCCUUGAUUGCUGCCAGAAUAGAGAAGGGAGUAGAAAAAACUUUACUGGAUCGAUUGAAGCAAGGGGUCUACCAAGAUUUGUAUAACAUUUCCCAGAAAGCUUUCGACGAUGCAGAAAAAGAAGGAGAACUGGAAUCGGAAGAAGAGGGUGAGUCGGAAAUUGAACAUGAAAUGGAAACUGAAAUAGAAGAAGAAGGACCUGCAUUUGUGGCUGCAGAUUCAGAAGAUGAUAGUGACAGUGAUAGUGGUAGUAUACAAAAAGUUGAAUUGGACAGCAGUUUUGAAUCAUCCGAUGGUUCUGACAUCGAGGAUUUGCUGCAGAGUCAGUCGAAGAAGGGUAAAACUCCCAUUAGUAAGAACAAGAAAUUCACACCAGGGUCGUCUGGAACAAAAUCACGUAAGCCAAGGAUAGAAAUAGAGUAUGAAAUGGAAACGACAAUACCUUCUAGAGAAAGAAUUGUUUGAGGAAGUGAUUUAUUGAAAUAUAACGUUUUUAUAUUUUUA